AUGGAAUCACUUCAGACGUUACUGGUCGCAAAUCGUGGCGAAAUUGCCGUCCGGAUUUUGAAGACAGCAAAAAAGCUAAAUUUGCGAACAAUUGCACUUUACACCGAACCAGAUGCUGCAUCCGCUCAUGUUCAACUAGCGGAUGAGGCCUUCCUGCUCGAUGGACCACCUUCAAAAGCAUACAUCGAUGGAGAUCAAAUCAUCGAGUUAGCGAAGCGUAACCAUGUGGAUGCUAUCAUUCCAGGAUAUGGUUUCCUGUCAGAGAAUGCAGAUUUCGCAAGAGCCAUUGCCGAGGCUGGCAUGGUUUUUGCUGGGCCAUCGCCAGAAUGUAUCGAAGCAUUUGGGCUGAAACAUACGGCACGAGACCUCGCUACAAAGGCCGGGGUACCUAUUGUACCUGGAUCAACAGGUCUUGUGACGAGCGAGGAUGAUGCUGUGAAGGUGGCCAGAGAAUUAGGAUUUCCGGUUAUGCUCAAAGCUACCGCCGGUGGCGGUGGGAUGGGUCUACUAACAUGCAGCUCCGAAGAUGAAGUACGUGAAUCGUUCGCUACUGUCAGGUCUAGAGGGGAGGCCUUGUUUAAGAAUGCCGGAAUGUUCAUUGAACGAUACUAUCCAUCUAGCCACCAUAUCGAAGUUCAGGUCUUUGGCAAUGGAGCCGGCAAGGCCAUCGCUAUCGGCGAACGUGAAUGCUCCAUACAACGAAGACACCAGAAAGUAAUCGAAGAGUGCCCAAGUCCAUUCGUUACCAGACACCCCGGGCUUCGAAAAAGUUUGAGCGACGCUGCUGUUCGUCUUGCGGAGUCUAUCGAGUAUGGAUCAGCUGGAACGAUCGAGUAUCUUGUCGACGACGAGACUGGCGCAUUCUUCUUUCUUGAAAUGAAUACCCGACUUCAAGUCGAGCAUGGAAUAACGGAAUUAUGCUACGGUGUUGAUUUGGUGGAACUCAUGUUGAAACAAGCAGAUGCUCAACUUUCAGGAAAGAAGGGCCUUGAGGCAGCCUUUCUUACGAGUAUUCCUGUUGAUUCUCCUUCAGGUGCCGCUAUCGAAGCUAGAGUAUAUGCUGAAAAUCCGACCAAAGACUUUGCUCCUUGUCCCGGAACGCUACAGAGUGUGGAAUGGAAGGAACUGCCGGGAUCAAGGAUUGACACGUGGGUGUACAGAGGCAUUAAAAUAUCAGCAAACUAUGAUCCUUUGCUAGCGAAGGUCAUGCUUCAUUCCCCGAGCCGAAAGCAAACUAUUGAGGGAAUGAGGACGAUAUUAACACAAUCCCGAAUCUGCGGCCCCUCAACUAAUCUGGAAUUUCUGGCUGAGAUUCUUACUGACGAGCGAUUUAUCACCGGAAAUACCCUAACCAGAUUCUUGGACAAUUUUCAAUGGAAGCUGUCAGCUAUUGAUGUUAUGUCCGGUGGUGCUUAUACACUCAUUGAGGACUGGCCUGGCCGUCCAACUUUGGGCAAAGGGUUCUGCCAUUCUGGGCCAAUGGAUCCUUUAGCGUUCCGCAUCGCAAACGCACUUGUGGGAAAUCCCGUUGGGCUGGAGGCCCUUGAGAUAACUUUAAGCGGCCCAGACUACGUUUUCUGGGGCCUGCACUUAUCUCUCUGUGCGGGGCGCCCAUUGAAGCCAGUCUUGACCACGUCCCUGUUCAGCCUAUCUAGCAGUAUUUGGAGCUUCUUGAAUGUCGCCGAAUGGUUCGGGUCAAAGUCUACAUCUCCAAUGGUUGGCGUUGGAGGUUAUCAGGGCCGGCAGCUUGCAUCCGGUGACCUACUAUCAAUAACUAACAAUGUACCUGAUACUCGUGGUGAACUCUCCAUACCGGAGCACCUCAUUCCCCAAUACCCUGAUCAUUGGGAGCUCCUUUCUAUGCCGGGGCCUUACGAUGAAGGGUAUCUUGCCCCUGAGAGUAUUGACAUGUUGUACGAAACAGAAUGGAAGAUAUCGCACAAUGCAGCAAGAGGCGGCAUUCGUCUUCUCGGACCGAAGCCGAAGUGGGCUCGCCCGGAUGGAGGAGAGGGUGGUGCCCAUCCAUCUAAUCUGAUAGAGUACGGGUAUGCUAUAGGUUCACUUAACUGGACGGGUGACGACCCUGUGAUCUUCCCGCAGGAUGCGCCGGACUUCGGUGGGUUCAUCAGUAGCCACACGAUUGUUAAGGCGGAUUUGUGGAAGCUAGGGCAGGUGAAAGCAGGUGAUACACUAAAGUACAGAUCUACCUCCUUGGAAGAUGCCUUAGCGGCACGCAACCAUAUGGAGAGAUUUGUCUGCGAAGUUGUCAAAUGCUGUCAUCACGGGGGAAACUUUGGUGACAUAACUCCCUUGAGAGAUACUCCCCCAUCAGCGCUGACAGCAGAGACUCGUGGCACUGGAGUUGUUCACCAGAUCCCGGAGCAGGGAACCCAACCACUCGUUAACUAUCGACAGGCGGGAGACGACUAUAUUUUAAUUGACUAUGGCACGGGGUCCUUCGAUCUGAAUCACCGCUGUAGAGUUACCGCGUUGAAGAAAAUCUUAAACGAAGGCAACGGAGAUAUCACAUUCAAUAACGGGCUGGUCUCAAUGAUCGGGUGUGGAAAUUCCCUCAUGCUCUACUACGACGGCACUAAACUCCCUCAACAAAAGCUCAUAGCUUAUCUCUGCAACAUCGAGACCAGACUGGGCGAUCUCAGCGAAGCAAAGAUGCCCAGUCGGCUAUUCAAGCUUCCACUGGCAUUUGAAAGCCAGCGCCAAAAGGACGCAAUCGAUCGAUACAUGGAGACACAGCGUCCUUACGCCUCCUACCUCCCAGACAACAUGGAUUUUGUCGCAAAGAACAACGCCUUCACAAAGGCAGAAGUUGAAAAUAUCUAUUUAACCGCACGAUUAAUGGUCGUAUCCGUUGGAUUCUUCACAGCGCUUCCCCUAGCCCUCCCGGUUGAUCCGCGCCAGCGAAUGAACUGCCCGAAAAUGAAUCCCAGCAGAGUCUACACACCUGCAGGUUCAGUGUCGUGGGGUGGUAGUUGCAUGGCUCUAUACAACGUCGACUCUCCCGGGGGCUACCAAAUGACGGGAAUGACGAUCCCAGGCGUCGACAUCCUAGGGUCCAAGAGGGGUUACGCACCCGAUAGGCCAUGGCUCUUCGAAGAAUUCGACCAAAUCACAUUCUAUCGCGUAUCAGAAGAAGAAUACGAAAAGGAGCUAGCCCUCUUCAACAGCGGCAGAUACGAAUACCAAUGGGAAGAAGUGACAUUCGACAUGGCAGAGCACAACAAGCUCCUCCGUGACACGAAAGAAGAAGUAGCAGCCAUCCGAGCACGCCAGCGCAAAGCACAAGUCGAGAUGGACAAACUCGAGGCGGAACUCUUAGAACGCUGGGCGAAGGAAAAAGCGGAAAAAGGUGUCCCGGUUAAUGCGAUCGAGAGUUUAUUGAAAGACCCUCAGGUUCUUCCCAUUGAAGCUCCGUUGAAUGCUAAUAUUUGGAAAGUCGAGGUCAAGCAGGGUGACAAGCUCGACGAAGGCCAGGUCGUGGUCAUUUUGGAGGCGAUGAAACUCGAGAUUGCGGUACGGGCUGAAUUGCAUGCCGCUGGGGCGACAGUGGAGAAGGUCCUAGUCCAACCGGGUGAUUCAAUAGAGGCCGGCAAGCCUUUGGUAUUAGUGAGAAAUGCUUGA